CCGCCUGCAUCGGUCGGUAUGUCGUCUGCGAUUUUGAGUCCGCGUCAUAACAUCCUAGCAUUCGAAGCAGCAUCUGUCCGCUGUGCGCACAUAUACGCGGACUUUCGGUGACAGAAUUGACAGAUCCCUUGAAUAGAAGGAAACAACAACAAAAAUAUGAGCGGGCACCUGACGCAGAAUGGGAACCGUCAGGAAGAGUUCCUCUACGAUCCCGAACUGUUGGAAGGGCUGGAUUACAAACACAGCCUGGUAAAACAGGGUUCCAGUGGGUCAGGUCUCAGCGUCGACGAGUCCCUUAGGAUAAGACCUCUUAGCACCGACGAUUUCGAUAAGGGAAGAUUUCAUGAAAUGAAAGCUCGUCCCGACACCUAUUAUGUCACUGUCGUAGAAGAUUUAUCUACGGGUGCUGUUGUGGCAGCGGCGUCUCUCGUUACCGAACUUAAAUUCAUCAGGAACACAGCACUGCGCGGACGUCUGGAAGAUGUCGUCGUCGACGACGGUUACAGGGGACGAAGUCUGGGAAAGCUAGUUGUACAGACGAUAGUGCUCCUGGCAGAGAAGAUGGGUUGCUACAAGAUAACGCUGGACUGUAAAGAUGAGCUCAUAAAGUUCUACACAAGCAACGGAUUUCAUCAGGAGCCGGGAAACAGCAACACGAUGUCUAUACGUUUUAAUGCUGGCCCUGAUGGAUGCAGAGGUGCAUCCUAGAAGCAUUGCUUGCGAGUUGCCGCAGUGUUACACUGUGACGCAGAAUCUCGUUGUACAUUUUAUAUCUCUCUCGGCUCUGUGCCUUCCAGAGUACAUCUCAGGGCAUGCAAUAUAUUUUUCGUUGAAAGCAAUGUGACCUUGCAGCAAAGUUUUUAAAAUAUAUGCAAAUAUAGAACAAAGUGCAUACCACUUGUGAUACCGGUUAGGUACAAUGGUACCAUUAAAAGCAAAUAAAGUUCGGUGAAAACAUAAAAUACAAUGCAAAUUACUUAUUCUUUUUAUAGAACAAGGAGCCUGUCUUUUAUACUUUACCUGACUCGCUCCAAACAAAUUCGAUGUAACG